GAUAGCUAUAUAAAUACACGAGGCAUCCCACUUUUUAUUCAGUCAUCCAAACCGAUCCCUGAAGAACACUACACACGCCAGAAUGAGGAAGGAUAUAGUGUUGCUUGCGACUGCAAUGGUAGUGUGGACUACGACCGUAGCUCAGACCCCGAGCCGGCAAUACCUUCCAGCGGAUCAGGGAAGCUACCCUGACCGCCAGUAUUUGCCAGCAUCUACGGGCCAACCAUCUGCUCCCUCAAACCAGCUCGACGACUCGCGGUUCGACGACGAAGAUUCGGUAUCUGUGACGUCGGCAGCAUUCGGAGGAACUCCAACAGCUUUAAGCAGGUUUGGAAGUGGUAAUACUAACCAGUUUGGCGUAUCUGGUGGUUCAACCCGAUUUGGAAGAAAACCUUCUAAUCAAUAUGGAGUUCCUAGUGCUUCAAAUCGGCUCGGAAAUGGUCAACAUAAUUCCGCUUCUAGCGCUUCAAGCCGAAUUGUAAGUGGACCUUCAAACCAAUAUGGCACUCCUGAUGCUUCAAGUCGAUUCGGACGCCCCACACCUUCUAACCAAUAUGGCGCACCUGAUGCUUCUAGCAGAUUUGGCGGAGCGCCUUCUAACCAAUAUGGUGCGCCUGAUGCUUCUAGCAGAUUCGGAGGCCCUGCCACAUCUAACCAAUAUGGAGCCCCCAGUUCAAGUCGCUUCGGAAGUGCUACGCCGUCCAGCCAAUAUCGCGUCCCUGGUUCAAAUUUCGGAGGUGUGAAUGGAGAUGAAGACUCUCUGACGGAGCCCGCAAAUUACGAGUUCUCUUACGAGGUAGAAGCUAGGGAAUAUGGCACCGUUUUCGGUCAUGCAGAGAAUCGGCAGGACGAGAAUGCCCGCGGUUCAUACCAUGUCCUACUGCCCGAUGGCAGGACACAGAUCGUGGAAUACGAGGCGGAUCAAGACGGAUACAAGCCGCAGAUCCGAUAUGAAGACACAGCUGAACCUCACGGAUCUGGACCUUACUGAUUACCGUAACGUAAACAGCCUCCAAAAUGAGCAACAUGACGACAGUCCAUUGAAAACAUGAAUAUGCCUUAGUCAGAAAUCAAAAGCGAGAAAGAUUAUUAACUGAAGCAGAAACAGUACUUUUCGAAUUUGUUAUUUAUAAAUAACGUAAAUAUCAAAAUUAAUUAUACUUAAUUUAGAAAGACACGUUUUAUAAUAUUUGUUAUCGUAAAAGUUAUUGUUUAAAUUCUAUUCUUCUUAUUAUGCUUUAUAAAUUUAGUCUAAAUUCUUAUUUUAUUCUUAUUCUUAUGCUUCAUAAUUGUAAUUUAAAAGUGCAAAAAAAUGUCAAAUUCCAAACAUUCAAAAAAGUGUUGCAACAUAUACUAAGCUUCAACAUUCCAGGAUUAUUGGUAUAUCCGAGGUCCAACAGUGCGUAGUAUAAGUAAAAUGUGUAUACCUUUUCAUUUAUUCAUUAUUAGUUAAAAUUUCCUGAUUAUAAGUAUGCAGAACGUACAAAGCUUCAACAAAACAGAUUUUAAAGUACUGAUAAAUUCGUGAAAUGUAGACAUUUUCUUUUAUUUCACUACAUAUUAAACUGUCCUUAAUAUCAAAUUCGCAAUCGGGGUUAGAAUAAUUCAAAUCCGAUAAGUAUAGAUUUUUAUAAAUAGUUACACAUGCUUUGCGAAUGAAGAAUCUAAUGCAGGUUUUACGCAAGGAAUAUGUUGGUAAUGAUAACAGUGGCAGCGUCUUUAAGAAUUCUCAUAUUCAAAAAAAGUACAAACUCCGCUACACCUCGUUUUUUUAUCGCGUUCCUCAAAGCGACACGAUUGCUCCAUUGUUUAUCGAGCAGUCACACAUGUAUAUAUGUAAUCACAUUAGUUAAUAGUCAUAUGAAAAACUGUAAUAGUAAAUACUAACAAUAACUAUUAUAACGCAUAUAAAUAUGUGAUAAUUUUCUAUUUAAAAUAGAUUUCAUUUGAAUGUAAAAUAUUUUUAUUAUUUGUUUGUAUCCUUUCAUGACAUUUGUGCAAUGAAUUGAAACUAAUUAGCCCUGGAUCUGUUUAAGACACCGAAUAUAAGUGAGAAAAGGUGCAAUUCUUCUGCUUUUUCCUACUUUAUCGGUCUUGAAAUUUAUGUAUUGCAUAUAAAAUCAAAGCCCAAAUAAAUUUAAUGACUGGAAAGAUAA